AUGGCAAGCUCACGAGAACAUCGGGGAACAGCCCGCCAAUACCAACAACGUGUUGAGCACGAUGAAUAUGAAGAGGAGUAUCCGAGAGAAAACUCCGAUAGAGCUUACAAUCGGAAUGCAUUAUAUCACGGCGAAUAUACGGAAGACGAAGGUGAAUUUGAGGAAAAUGAAUAUCAGGAGGGUAAUUAUGAAGAGACUGAUUAUGUAGAGUAUACCGAUCUUGACUCACCAACUUCACCUAGCAACGGUCACCCACUCCCUUCACCCCCUCCUUCACCUCCAACAGACAACGGUUAUGAAGACGAAGAUAAUAGCAACGAUGCCAAAAUAUCCUCCUCGAAUAUACCACCUCCACCUCCCUCUAGAGCCAAAAAACUUCCAUCGAUACCGAAUAGGUCUCAAGUAAUAUACAUAGAUGAGAAACCUCCGUCUCAAAUGCCAUUUCGACCUUCAGCGCCUACUCCAACUCAUCAAAAGCGUAAAAAUAAUUAUUUCACUAUUGGGAAGUCUUUAACUUCUCGACUAGGACCAAAAUUUAAGUCGUUUAAAAAAUCCCAUGCAAAAGAGGAUGAAACCAGGAAUGUUGAUUCUUCUCCUCUUCCCGAACCUCCACAACGUUUACCAAUCACACUUCCUUCUCUGGCUCCAUCUUCCCCUAUAUCUCAUCAAUUACCUGCCGAAUAUUUAGAUUCAGAAUUUGAUCAAGAGACAGAUAAUGCUUCCGACGUUCAUACAACUCCCGAACUUACAAUGGAUGAUCUUUAUCAUCUCGUCCUUAAUAUGCAAAAGGGUUUUCAAUUACAAGUUGAUGAGAUGAAUACACAAAUCAAAGAUUUAAAACGGGAAAUAAAAAAAUUAAAAGCCCUUCAAGAACUGCAACUAGUGUUAGAAGUGUUACUAAAGAGAUGGAAAGAUAUGGAGGGGAAGGGAAAUGGUUUCAUAGCGAAUAUUCAUAAAGGAUCAUAA